AUGGGUAGAAAGGCGGCAAGCUAUGGCGCUGGUCUGGGGCUGCGGACGACUCUGAAAACGGAAAACAGACAGCGCUAUCGCAUGGCGCAUCGUGGCUUCCCCAAUGCCAUGUGUCUUAAAGGCAAGAACCUUGCACACACUCUCUCGAUCUCGACUUCAAAUGUCAACGCCUCGUCGUCUGCGUCCAUCGCCAAGGUCUUUUCUCCAUCCCAUCGUCAAUGCUCUCCGCUCGACGACGGGCGCCUCCGUCUCACGUCUCUCGCUGACCCCUCGUCCCGUAUUCCGUGUCAACUGGUUCCCCGCGUCUCAAGCUCAUGCUGGCCUCAAAGUCAACAAGAGUCAAGAGCACCGGCUUCGUCGAUUUCCAGCUCAUCGGCGUCAGAGAAGACCGAGGUGGGGGGCCAAGAAGAUGGAGCUGUUCAAUGCAAACUCGACGAAAAUCCGGAGAACGAAGUCAGAGACGACGUGGAGCGAUUGCUGGUGAUCGAGUCGAAUGCUCGUGGAUCGCAUCAAACUACUCAAGAUGCCGCUGUCGUUGCCGGUGCCGCUACCGUUACCGCUGCGCUCCAUGAUACGAUCGAACAUGACAAGUUGCACCAUGUUAUCAAGCCAUCACAAGGCCACACGCUGCACGUUACUCAUGCAUCGCCAGCUGGUAGACACCGAAAGACCGCAUCGCGAAGCGCGUUUAUGUGUCUUGCGGGCGUGAUGCACUGCGUUGUUGCUUGUGUGAGCAUCGAACACGCCAAAAUAGCUGCUGGCAGAUCGUGCAAGUUGAGACGGAGACUGUCGGCCGCCGGCGACGUGCCUACACCAAUGAAGCAGCCAACGACCAGGAGGAAGAGUAACACGAGGUUGACGGACAAACGGGCUGACAGUCCGGCCUUCCGCAGUUCCCGCUCGGCUGUGGUGCUACACUUGUCUGUUGUUAGUGUCGUCGGCCGGCGGUGUCGAUGCCACCUCGGCAAGCGUCGAUUGAUGCGCGUCAAAACAUUGGUUCAAGAUGGCGCCAUGACUUUGAUGCUCGAGACGGCUACUGGAAACGGGUUACGGGAGGCUAUCACGUCUGAUGAGCAAGUUCCGCUCCUGGUGCGAGUCGACGAGCUGCGCAGCCUUGUUUCUUUUCUCUGCGUCUUCUGGCCUACUCUUCUACCGCCGGGACGCUUGAGGUUUCUGCACGGAUGUGCCAGGGACGUGACCAGUCUCCACCCGGGACCCAAGUUCAAACAGAAUGAGGCCAGCUGGCUAGCGCCGUGUGUUAGCUCGAGUUUGACCUGCGGUCUUUCUGUGACGGCCAACACCAAGGCACAUAUUGGAUACGACGAGGUCGGCGAUUCGGCGGUGGACGCUGGCCGCAUAUCUGAGUCUAGACACUCUGGCCAGCAGCUGCCCACGACGCAAGACGGAGAGAUGAGACUGGAUGGGCUUGGAAAUGAAAACCAAGGGCGCCAAUGCUUCGGAACAGGGGUUGUCUCUGGCCAGCAGAACAUGGGCAGGGGGGGCCACGCAUGUCGACGUGGUAGACAGCUCCACCCCCAAUCCUCCCCUCCCGAGUCUGCCAUGGCCGCAGCCCCUUGGAUGCCCCCCUCACAGACCUCAUCUCGUUCGCUCCCCAACCCGCAACCUCAUUCCUACCCAACUUCUUCUGCAUUCUGCAUCGCUGAUCUCUGGCAACCCAACAAGCGCCAAUAUUGUCUUCUUCUACCCGCCUACAUCCCUUCAGCCCUCAAACAAACGGAUUACCAUACUCGACACCAUCUCGACCAAAGCAUUCCAAAGGAACCCGAGUUGAUUCACAUUGCCCUGGAUUUGCAUGACUACGCGACCCGAGGAAUCAAUGACUGCUCUUGUUGUUCCGCGCCCGGAUAUGCCUGGCUACAAUUCUCUUGA